AUGAAUGCUCUGGAUGAAAAGCUUGCUGCAUACUGCAGGGCACUGCCAAAGGUGGAGUUGCACGCGCAUAUCCACGGAUCUAUCCGGCCAUCGACUUUACAGGAACUUUUGGAUGAUGAAGCAGUACUUACGACCUCUGAGUUACUACGAAUCCCGAAGAAACGAAGUCUGGACGAAUGUUUUAAGAUGUUCGAGCUGAUUCACCACCUUGUCGUUAGUCGGUGUGUACUCCGCCGGAUUGUAGUUGAAGCGGUGGAAGACUUUGCAGCAGAAAAUGUAAAAUAUCUAGAGCUUCGUUCUACACCACGAGAUCUGCCGAAGGAUGGUGCCACUCGUGCAGAUUACGUGGAUGAAGUAGUAUCUGCACUAAGAGAAUGCAAUGCGCGACGAGAUUUGGACAUUGAGGUGCGACUACUACUAAGUAUUAACAGGAACCAGUCGGUAGAUCUAGCAGAAGAUACUGUUAACAUGGCGAUUGAGCGCAAGCAUAAGCAAAACUGUCGGUUUAUCGUGGGCAUUGACCUCAGCGGCAACUCCGAGCGCCCCAAUUCCGAGUUCCACCGCUUUGAAAACGUCCUAGAGCGUGCACGAGCGAAUGACCUGAAACUCGCUGUGCACUUUGCUGAGCAUUUCGACGACAAUGAAGCGAAUCGAAUUCUCGACUUUCGACCGGACCGAUUGGGUCAUGCCUGUUGUCUACCGGAGCCGCUCUACAACAAGAUGUUGCUGCUGCGAAUCCCCAUCGAGGUUUGUCUGACCUCGAACGUGCACACGCUGGCGAAAUAUCGCAGCGAUGGAGACUGCAAGUGUAUACCCAGUGCAAAACACGAAGUAACGGGGUUGUGUAUGUGUGGCUUUACUUUGCACCCGCACGGCAAGUUACUCACUGGCGAGCGAGGUCAAGAGCAGCAUGGCAUCUACCCCAUAUGUUUAUGCACGGACGACUUUGGCGUGCUUGACACGACCCUAUCGCUUGAGUACAUGCGUGCAGCGCAAGCAUUUAGUCUAAGCAAGGAGCGACUAUUGCAUAUUGCACAAUCACCUAUAGAGGCUAUUUUUGAUCCGAGUCAAGUGUCGAAGCUAAAGAAAUUGUUCCACCAUUGA